UCAACUCCUGGCAAAUGCAGUUCAACUUGGAGUUAUUAACACCACAUUAUCUGAAUAUUUCGACCAUGAUAACAAAUGCAUUCAAUCCAGUGCCAGAAGCAAAUGACAAUAUCGCAAGUUGCGAUUCACCCCCAUGUAUAAUUACUUUAGAGUAUUGGAAGAAACCUGCUCGAAUAUACGGUCUCAUAUUAUUUUUGGUAGCGCUACUGUUCACAAUCAUCGUUAUUCUCAACAAAGCCCUUCACUCCGCAUCUACAAGGAACAACAUCUUCAUUAUUUUGACGUUGAUCGUUUGGAUAAUCUGUGUCGGAUUACUCAGCCCACCUGGUGAUUGGAAAGAUUUCCUUAUCGCUGCUAAUGUGGCGUCCAUAUUUAUGAUUCUCGCUCUUCUAUUGGGGGUUAAACUGAUAGAUUCCGAACGAAAAUGGAGAAUAGUAUUAUUUUCUUUUUGUUGUUUAUUUAUGGCAGCUGGAGUCGCAUUCUCUUUUCUAACCGUACUUCGCUAUAUAUCAAAACACCUAACAUUUGAAGUUCUGUCGUUGAUGUCUUGGUGCG